CCUCGCUCCUUGCUCUCCUCUUGAAAAGAAGAGAGGCAGAACAACAACAACAACAACAACAGAAAACAGAAGAAGGAAGAGAUGCUAAUUGCAGCUUCCGAUCAUCUAUAUGGAGCAGGAAAUGCAUGGAAGAUGCAUAGAAACCAUAGAUCGUUUGAUUUCAGAACUGAUUCUGGAUGUAGAUUUCAUCACUACAUGUGGAAGAUUUCGAGGCCGAAAUGCGAGGUUCGUGGAUUUCCAUCAUUCAAAGCGAGUCUCAUUUCGAACCCUGAUGAUUUCGAGGUGGGACGCUUAGUCGGAAGCUACGGAUUCAUGAACAUUACCAGCUACUCAUCAUUUCAAUCAGGAGGUCUAUCUAACGUUGGGAUAUUUGAAGGAUUGGAUCUCGGGUAUUCUUCGGAAGACAUUGAACAGUUGAGAGUCCAAGAUGUGGGAGAGGGCCAAGUGAAGAUCAGGCUUUAUGAGGGCAGAGUAACUCAGGGUCCACUGAAAGGAACUCGAGUCAUAUUCAAGGUAUAUCCGGGGCAGCGUGCUGGUGGCAGUGAGGCAGAUAUGAUGGCGGCAAAUGAGCUAAGUGCUCAUGCUUUUCUUCAAGAUGAUCCCAAAGGUAUUUGUCAGAAUAUCCAGAUACUCUUGGGCGGUUUCGAGACAAAAACUGGGGAGCAGUGGCUUGCUUUUCGUAAUGAUGGCAAAUAUAGCGCAGCAGAUUAUGCAAAGGCUAAGAGCGAAGGCAUAUCAAAAGACCGUGCUCUGGGAGAACAAAACUUUUGGAAUCCCUUCGACUGGGAGCAAAAAGUAAAACGUAGAAGGUUUUUUGUUAUUAAGCUGCUUCGGGGAGCAAUAAGUGGUCUAGCAUAUAUGCAUGACCACGAUAGAUUGCACCAAAGUCUUGGACCUGCUUCUGUCAAUCUCAACACGAUAGCGGAGAGAGAAGCGACUUACCUGAUCCCACGGCUCCGUGAUUUAGCCUUUUCAGUUGAUAUAAGGUAUUCAUCCCUUGAAGCAGGACCUGGAGUACUCUCUGAGGGAUUAUGGCGCAGGGCAUCUGCAGCUGGUGCUUUUACUCCUUUGGAGAAGAGAUCCUUCGGAAUAGCAGAUGACAUAUAUGAAGCUGGUCUUCUUUUUGCAUACUUGGCUUUUGUCCCCUUCUGUGAAGCCGGUGCCAUGGACGGCCUUUCUUUGCAAAGGCUUUUUGAAAGCACUUUCCGGCUUGAUCUUGAAGCUGCAAGAGAGUACUGUCAAGCAGAUGACCGUUUGUUGGAAGCUGUCAAGUUUCUGGAUCUUGGUGAUGGUGCUGGUUGGGAAUUACUCCAGGCAAUGUUGAAUCCUGACUUCCGCCAAAGGCCAAUUGCAGAAGCCAUAUUAAACCAUCGAUUCAUGACUGGUGCUGUUCUAUGAUCUUCUGUGGCUAUAUGGUACAUGAAUCGUCACACAGGCAUUGUAAAUAUAGAGUCGCGUCAUCUAUUAUUUGUCAAUGAAGGUUUUGCUUGCUUUGUCUGAUGAGCAAAGACAGUUCUGUAAGCAUUUCUACUGUUGUGUCACACAGGAUGCAUAUUCUAUCCCUCCAAAUUGGGUUUAUAAGUUCACAAAAUUGCCUUUAA